CAAGAGCCUGGGAAAGGCUUGCGCGAGCUCGGCUGCCUCUCACCCUGCCGAGGAGGACUCCGUCGGCUGCAAGGAAGAGGGAGACUACCCGCACCAAGGCAUCCUGCGAGAUGGCCGCAAUCAAUGGGACCGUAGAAAACGGGCAGCCAGAGAAGAAAACGACCCCUCCGCUUCCUCACCCUAUUAGGAACUUGGAGAUCAAGUACACCAAGAUAUUUAUUAACAAUGAAUGGCAUGAAUCAAAGAGUGGAAAGAAGUUCCCUACCUUUAGCCCUUCAAAGGCCGAGAAGAUCUGUGACGUCGAAGAGGGGGACAAGCCUGAUGUCGAUAAAGCAGUAGAGGCAGCAAAAGCGGCCUUCCAAAGAGGAUCUUUGUGGAGACAAAUGGAUGCUGUGAGCCGAGGAAGGCUCCUCAACAAGCUGGCCGACCUCAUUGAGAGAGACAGAGUGGUGUUGGCGACCUUGGAAACAAUGGACACAGGGAAACCAUUUCUGCAAGCAUUUUUCAUUGACCUUGAAGGCUGCAUAAAGACACUUAGAUACUAUGCUGGUUGGGCCGAUAAAAUUCAGGGGAAGACUAUACCUGUGGAUGAAAACUUUGUCUGCUUCACCCGACAUGAGCCUGUGGGAGUUUGUGGUGCCAUUACACCGUGGAACUUCCCAUUGCUCAUGUUGAUUUGGAAGAUGGCACCUGCUCUGUGUUGUGGAAACACCUUAGUUGUUAAACCUGCUGAGCAAACCCCACUUACUUCACUAUACAUUGGCUCUUUAGUCAAGGAGGCAGGAUUUCCUCCAGGUGUGGUUAACAUUGUGCCGGGAUAUGGUCCCACAGCUGGAGCUGCUAUUUCUACACAUCCUAACAUUGACAAAGUAGCUUUUACUGGGUCAACAGAGGUUGGAAAGCUGAUCAAAGAAGCGGCUUCGAAAAGUAACCUCAAGAGGGUGACGUUGGAGCUCGGUGGGAAAAAUCCCUGUAUUGUCUGUGCGGAUGCUGACUUGGACUUGGCAGUGGACUGUGCCCACCAGGGUGUCUUUUUCAACCAAGGGCAGUGCUGCACAGCUGCCUCUCGAGUCUUUGUGGAAGAGCAGGUGUACCCAGAAUUUGUCAAGCGCAGCGUGGAGUAUGCAAAGAAGCGGCUCGUGGGGGACCCAUUUGAUGCCAAAACUGAACAAGGACCUCAGAUUGACCAAAAACAGUUUGACAAAAUCUUGGAGCUGAUAGAAAGUGGCAAGAAAGAAGGAGCCAAGCUGGAGUGUGGUGGUUUAGCCAUGGGAGACCGAGGCCUGUUCAUAAAGCCAACCGUAUUUUCAGAGGUCACAGACAACAUGCGCAUUGCUAAGGAGGAGAUUUUCGGACCCGUGCAGCCCAUAAUGAAGUUCAAAAACAUAGAAGAAGUGAUAGAAAGAGCCAACAGCACAGAAUAUGGGCUCACAGCUGCUGUGUUUACAAAGAAUUUGGAUAGAGCCCUAACGCUGGCAUCGGCACUGCAGUCUGGGACAGUCUGGAUCAACUGCUACAAUUCCCUUUUUGCACAAGCUCCCUUUGGCGGCUUUAAAAUGUCAGGAAACGGGAGAGAAUUAGGUGAAUACGCUCUGACUGAAUACACAGAGGUGAAAACAGUCACCAUUAAACUGUCGCAGAAGACUCACUGAGUGAGGAAUGCCACAAGACCUAAAACUCUGACACUCUGAAUGUUAAUGUAUAGUGGGGGGGAGGGUUGCUUAAAUCUCGCCGGGGGGAGGAAAGUAGCUAAACUCUUUAAAAAGCAAACCAUCUAUAUAACAUGUUCGGGUUCUUUAAAAUUCCAACCACUUUGUUUAGACAUUUGUUUCAGGCCAAAAUGGAGGCUCUUAAAAACUGCCUGCUGAAGAGUCACAAAAUAAUGAAUGUUGAUACGCAUGAGCCAUGCUCUGCAGCCAGCCCUGCUCUACUGGCACCACAUGCGCUUCAGUAGCAACUAGAGACGCAACAAAAGGCCUUGCAGUCAGAAGCAAUCCCUUCAAAUCACACACAGCACUUUGUCCAAAUUCUGCAUCUUUGACAUGUGCUCGGGGGCGGCUGUGGUUGUGUGCAUGGGAUGUGUGUGUUAGUUGAUUCACCAGCAUGGCUCCUCAUAGGACCCUCUCUUCUGAUUGUUGUUGUUGUAAGAAAAUGGAUAUAGGACACACAUAUAUGCCCAAGGAACUCGCAGCUUACAGUGAUUUCGCUUACGCGAUUGCAACUUUAUGCAGCUGGCGGGAAAAUAAACAAAUGGAUAGCCCCGAAAAGUGCUUUAUAAGCCACUCUGCCUUGCUUCCCAGCCUCUGGGAAGGUUGUGUGUGAGAGCUCUGGGAUGCUCCGAACAGGGAUGGUUCCACAGGGAGCAGGUCAGGGGGGUUCCUGACAUUAUGCAAUUAUGUGGGGACCUCCAGAACCAAACCCUCACGCAAUCUGCAAAUUACCUAUGCACCCUGUUCCCUAGCGCAGCACCUACAGAGUCACAGGUCCCUGGUGUUUAAUGCUGCAUAUAAAGCAGUGGGGCAAAAAAAAUUUCAGAACAAGGUGCUGAGGGGAAGGAAUAAAAAGAUUGGGCUGCCCCCACAGUGCCUCUGCCCCAGGAACCAGCGGCCUUGGACCCCACACUGUAUAUUUCCCUCGUCACUUGUGGGAAAAGUCAGCUCAGAAUUUCCUCCUCAGGAGAUGGGGCUGGUUUUUUGUGGGUCCUUCCUCAGGCGGUUUGAGAAGAGUUUGAGGAUAAAAUAGCCAGGCUUCAGCUGAAGUUUCAGCCUAUGUGACAAGUCCAUAAUUUCUCACCCGCUCAUUUUGAUGGACCACGUGCCUAAAGUGUGCAUAAAAUUAGAGGCCUUAUUUGCAUUUUUUACAGAGCUUCUGUAGUCAGGUCAUUUUUUAUUUUUAAAAACCCCUCUCCUUCCCCUCUGCUAACCCUGUACACUGUAUUGUGUGUGUGUUUGUGUGGAGCAAAUGAGUGCAGAUUCUGAAUUUUGCAGCUCCUCAAUGUUGGGAUAACUGGUGCAUUACAAGCAAACUGAGGCUGCUGCCCUUGUACAGUUCUCUCCAAUUUUUGCAAGGGGUUGCACAAGAGAAUAUACCACUGGAUCCAGGCAUGGCUGAUCUUCUAGGUGAAAUGGAGCAUCCCCCCCCCCCCAAAACUGCAAACAGACUCUAACUGCUUGUCUUACUAACAAGCAGCCCAAGGGAGAGAGAUGUAAACUGGCUAUCAACUUCCUCCUCCUCGGUCUCGGUGUUGCCCCCUUGUGGAACUUGGCAAGGGUGAGGAUGUUGACAAAAUUAGACUCGCUUGGCUCUAGCUCCCCCUACUGUUGGGCUCCUUGUCUUCUGCCCUACCAGCCCCAAUGAGCACCAACCAUUACUGACUGGAUCAAGUAAAACUGGUGUGGAAACUUUGGCUUGCAGACCUCCUCCUUUGACUCAUGAGAUCCUUUUGGCCAAGCCACGCCUACUUGCACU